CGCCGGUGAGGGCGGCUGUCUUGGAGGCAGAGGAAGCCCGAGAAGCCAGAGGCGGCGGCCUGCAGAGCUACAACCCACCCACCUCCGAAAUAGCCGGAUUUUGGGACCAGGAGCCGCCUGGGGGGUGGGAGGAGUCGGGCCCGGUCUUUAUUUAGUUUUGCGGGGGAGGAGGAGAGGGGUCUGGGGAGCCCCCAGCCUAGUCAAGAGGUGGGGGCGAGGAUCCCCCCCCCCAAUAUUUAUCAUAGUCAUGAGACCAGAACUUGAGGGCGAGGAUGUGAGUGGGACGUGAGGAGGCACCUCUGAGGGGGGUUGCGCCCCCCCCCCCAUUUCCCCCCUUUGUCCCCAGUUCCAAAAAGGCCUUCGGGGACACCCCCACAAAGUGUCUCGUGCCUUGCUUUGAUCCCCUAAGAGGUCAGCUAGUCGAGGCUGUUAGAUUCCCCCCCCUUUAAGGGGUCUUCCCGCCUCUGCCCCCCUCUUCUGUACUCAGGGUCAGCGCUCCAGCUUCAAGGGGUGCGUUUCUGCCCCCCCCUGUGGAGGUGUCUUAAUACCCCGCCCCAUUUGCAACCGUCUUUAAUGCCCCCUGCUCUGUCUGCAACAUUGUAUUGCAACACCCCCCCCAUCCCCACCUUAGUCCCCCUUUCUGACUCUCACUGAGAAGGAUAAUCGCUUUUAUUCUUUGCAAACGCUGUAUUAUUUGAACCCCCCCUUUCCCUUAACGCUGUCCCCUUCCUGGGGUGGCUUUGUUGCAUAUAAAGGGACUUGGCGUAGCAGCCCAUCUACCUUUUGAAGAUGCCCCUCCCUUGAAACUCUUCACCCCCUGGGAAAGGUGCUAUAGCCCCCUGCCCUUCACCCGCCCGCCCCCCUGUCAAUGUUAGGUAGCCUUAAAAAUCCCCAUGUACCGCCAUUGCCUGGUGACUUCCUUUAUCGCAAGCCUUUUGCCUUUAAUAAUAAUAAUAGCAGCAAUUGCUGUUGUUGUUGAUAAAGCCCAGAGAGGGACUCUUCACGACCCCUCUCUUCUGCAGCUAGCUCUCCGCCCCUCCCUUUCCCAAGGAAGCCUGACCCCCCCACAGGCACGUCUUGACCCACCUGCCCCCUUUCCUUUCCCCAUGCCCGGAAAAGGAGGUUGCUAUUGGGAAGCCGGAGCCGACGGCCAGCACCCCUUUACUCCCUUUGCCUGGGGGGGCGGCUUGCACCUCCCUGAGCGUCACGAUGGCAGCUGCCCCCCCUUUCUCCCUUGGGGCCAGCCAGGAAAGAGAGGCGCAGACUCCCCCUUUCUCCUGCAUCCUGUCUCUCCCACCCUCUGGCCGGGGGCUGAUGUGAGCUUGGUUUAGCUUCCUCUGGCCGCCCCCCCCCUUUUCUCCUUGAUUCUCCCCCCUCUCCUCUCCUGAAUUGUAAGGGCUUCAUGCCCCCCUGGGGAUGAUGGAGGUGGUGGGGGACUUUGAAUACAGCAAGAAGGACCUGAUAGGACACGGAGCCUUUGCUGUGGUCUUCAAAGGUCGGCACCGCAAGAAAACGGAUUGGGAAGUGGCUAUUAAAAGCAUUAACAAGAAGAACUUGUCGAAGUCUCAGAUUCUGCUUGGGAAAGAGAUAAAAAUUUUAAAGGAACUUCAACAUGAGAACAUCGUCGCUCUCUAUGAUGUCCAGGAGAUGCCCAACUCCGUCUUUCUGGUAAUGGAGUAUUGCAAUGGUGGAGACUUGGCAGAUUACUUACAAGCAAAGGGAACCCUGAGCGAGGACACCAUCCGGGUGUUCCUCCAGCAGAUUGCCGCCGCCAUGCGCAUCCUCCACAGCAAAGGGAUCAUUCACAGGGACCUCAAGCCGCAGAAUAUCCUGUUGUCCUACACGAACCGCAGGAAGUCCAGCAUCAGCAGCAUCCGGGUCAAGAUAGCUGACUUUGGGUUUGCUCGGUAUCUCCAGAGCAAUAUGAUGGCCGCAACCCUCUGUGGGUCUCCUAUGUAUAUGGCUCCAGAAGUGAUCAUGUCACAGCACUAUGAUGCUAAAGCCGACCUGUGGAGUAUAGGAACGGUGAUCUAUCAGUGCCUGGUUGGGAAGCCACCUUUCCAGGCAAACAGCCCUCAAGAUCUAAGAAUGUUUUACGAAAAGAACAGGAAUCUGAUUCCUAGCAUUCCCAGGGAGACAUCAGCUUAUUUGGCUGACCUGUUGCUGGGCUUGCUGCAGAGAAACCAGAAAGACAGAAUGGACUUCGAUGCCUUCUUCGGCCACCCCUUCCUCGAUCAGGUUUCAACUGUCAAAAAAUCUUGCCCCGUGCCGGUGCCGACGUACACCGGCUCCGUUUCCGGUAGUUCCUGUAGUAGUUCUCCUUCAUGCCGGUUUGCUUCCCCCCCAUCUCUCCCAGAUAUGCAGCACAUCCAAGAAGACAACCUGUCUUCACCUCCCUUGGGGCCUCCAAACUAUCUUCAGGUCUCCAAAGAUUCUGCCAGCACCAGUAGCAAGAACUCCUCUUGUGACACAGACGACUUUGUCCUUGUCCCGCACAACAUCACCUCCGACCAAUCAUAUGAUAUGCCUCUGGCAGCUGCUGGCAGACGGGCCUCAAGUGAAUUCUUGAUGUGUGGAGGGCAGUGCCAGCCUUCGGUCUCCCCCCGCAGCGAGACGGCACCCAUCCCGGUUCCCACUCAGCUGCGCAACUACCAGCGCAUCGAGCAGAACUUGACCUCCGCUGCCAGCCCCGUCUCAAAUCCUCACGGGUCACCCAGAUCUGCUGUGGUCAGGCGGUCGAAUACCAGCCCCAUGGGCUUCUUGAAGACAGGCUCUUCUUCCCCAUCGCCGGCAGAUGCUGUGCAAGGCGUGGGACGCAGGCUGUCCACAGGCUCCUCGAGGCCGUAUUCCCCUUCACCAUUAGUUGGCACCAUACCUGAACAACUUGGGCACUGCUGUUGUGGGCAGCUGCAAGGGCAUGAAGCCAGGAGCCGGAACUCCUCAGGCUCCCCAGCUCCCCAGUCUCAGUCUCCACAGUCCCUCCUGCUCGGAGCCCGGCUGCAGAGCGCCCCGACCCUGACCGACAUUUACCAAAACAAGCAGAAGCUCCGGAAGCAGCACUCGGACCCCGUCUGCCCGUCGUACGCCGGCUGUGGCCAUUCUCCGCAGCCCGCCCGCCCCGUCAGCCUGGGGACGUCGCCCACCAAGCACAUGGGCUCCUCCCCCAGGAGCUCCGAUUGGCUCUUCAAAACUCCCCUGCCAACCAUCAUCGGCUCUCCCACAAAGGCAACUGCUCCGUUCAAGAUCCCGAAAACCCAGGCGUCUUCCAACUUAGUGGGCCUGGUCAGCCGCCAGGGGGCCGCAGCCGAUGCCCCACUGCAGCCGUUGAAGGACGUGAGCGAGAUGAGGGACUUCUCGCAUUUUCACUUGACCCAGGGAAGCGAGAGGCAUGCGGCGGAACAGUAUGGCAAGGCCCUCUUUGGCAGGUCUGUAAGUACGGGCAAGUUGUCAGAUCAGCAGGCAAAAACUGUUCUCGGGGGCCAGCUCUACCAGGGCAGCACAGACAGCCUUAAUACUGAACGGCCAAUGGAUACAGCUCCUCCAGGGGCCUGCGGCCUUGCAGCGGUGACUCCUUCCAUGGGAGCUGGGACGUGUUCAAGAGCCGUGAUGUUUACCGUGGGAUCCCCUCCGAACAGCUCCACUCCUCCGACCUGCACUCACAUGGUCCUCAGAGCCAGGACGACGUCAGUUGGUUCCAGCAGUUCUGGAGGGUCUCUCUGUUCAACCAGUGGCCGCAUCCACAUGGGCUCCCCACCUGGGGCAUACCUGGGCGCAUCUCCUCCCGGACCAGAGGCAGCUCCGUGCCUGAAGUACAUGCCUUAUAGCACUUCACCACCCAGCUUGGAGGGGUUUAUCACCUUCGAAGCCCCUGAGCUGCCAGAAGAAACUUUGAUGGAGAGAGAGCACACAGACACCCUGCGCCACCUGAACUUGAUGCUGACCUUCACCGAGUGCGUGCUGGACCUGACCGCCAUCCGGGGAGGGAAUCCAGAGCUGUGCUCCUCCGCGGUCUCUCUCUACCAGAUCCAGGAGAGCGUGGUCGUUGAUCAGAUCAGCCAGCUGAGCAAGGACUGGGGGCAAGUCGAACAGCUGGUGCUGUACAUGAAAGCAGCGCAGUUGCUGGCCUCCUCCUUGCACCUGGCGAAAGCUCAGAUCAAAUCGGCAAAGCUGAAUUUGUCCUCUGCCGUGAAGCAAGUGGUCAAAAACCUGAACGAAAGGUACAAGUUCUGCAUUGCCAUGUGCAAGAAGCUGACGGAAAAGCUGAACCGGUUCUUCUCAGACAAGCAGCGGUUCGUCGACGAAAUCAACAGUGUCACAGCGGAGAAGCUCAUCUACAGCUGUGCUGUGGAGAUGGUACAGGCCGCAGCCCUGGAUGAGAUGUUCCAGCGGACAGAAGAUAUCGCAUACCGAUACCAGAAAGCAGCCCUGCUGCUGGAAGGCCUAGCAAAGAUUUUGCAAGACCCGGCCGAUAUAGAAAACAUCAAUAAAUAUAAGUCUAGUAUUGAGCGAAGGCUCUCUGCACUUUGCUGCAAUGCAGUGGCCAUGUAUGAACAGUAAACACAUCAUCCAAGACCACUGGGGGACGUUUCACUUCAGCAAAAUGGUCAGCCUUGGUUCUGUUCAAAUGUUUUUUCAUUUCUGUGGUUGACUACCAAAGAAAAAUGCAGUUAAUUCAGAGGAGGGAAGAAAUUCAAAACGACUUCGUAAGAGACUCAUCUUAUGACUGGUCUGGCCCAAUCUCCCCUCUCUUUUGCCGAGCAGCCAGAUUUUAAAAGGCUCGUCGUCUUCGCAUGUUCCACAAAUCUUCCUUUGUGAACGUUCAGCUAGGCCUUUAUUUAUCUUCACAAGACGAAGAGACAGAGGGCCAUUUUCUUCUUCUUCUGCAAGGUUUCCUCUUUGAAAAGGAUCCCUUUUCUAGAACAAAACUUUGGAGCAGAGACAAGAAAAUGCCGACUUCAAACCUGUGUCGACAGGAAGAUUUGGGGGCUCGGCUCGAUUUGAAUUUGAGCGGGGGUCUCCUCAAUGCCACUUGAAAAAACCAUCGAGGAAAGGAGGAAAUGGCGCCUUCCUAAAAAGACGGGAGAGUUAUGGACCUGGGAAACUUCUUCUUGUAUGUUUUUGGUGUGGUCUGUUGAGAAACUCUGAAACUAAUUUUAGCAGUUACUGUGGAUAUACACCCUUGAUGUUUUCAUCUUGACUCGUCCCUUCCCUAACCCCGAAACAGUUUAUAUUGCACUAAUUUACUAAAGAAACUCAUCUGUUUGUGAGGAACUAUUAAUUUAAAUAAAAAAAGGCACAACUCGAGGGGGGGUGUAGUUUACUGUACAUUGAAAAUACACACAACAGCAGCAGCAAGAGAGAACCAAACCUUUCCCACUAUGACAACAUGUGGCAGCUUAGAAGGUUUUCAGAUGAAGCUGUCCAAAACGCCUUCUCAUGGACCUUCCUGCUUGAUACCAGUUUAGCUAAUAUUUCAGAAACUGUCACUCUGUGGACUCGCUCAGUCUCUUGCAGAAGUGGAUUGGGGGUGGGGCGUUUCUUAUCUCCCCCUAUCCAGGAUAAGGGUUCUGUUGCUUCCUUCUGUUGUCAGACCAAUUUCACACCUUCGUUUGGUUUGCUUUGUUCUGUGUUAGAAAGACAGUUUUGAAUCUUUGCUUACAGACUCUUAGAGGCCUGACGGUUAGGAAUUUAGACAUUGUGGUGUGGACUGUUUUUUUCCUUACCAAUAGCAAAGUGUCAAAAAAAAAAUCAGGGUAGGUUUCUUUACCGCAUACAAGGAGAUUGGAGAAAUUGCUCCUUGCUGGCUCAUUUUAGCUGUUUGUUUCUUCCGGCCAUCCCUUCAGAUGGAGUAGCAAUUCAUGAAGUCUUUCAGGCAACUUCGUUUCUCUGGAAAUUCUCUCUCUCUUAAUUUUGAGAGCUUUUUUCCCCCCCUUGCUUUUAAUUUAUCAUAACAACUGCUCAGACACUUGAAUACACACCAUUCUUCAGAAUGAAAUAAUUUUGUAUCUUUCUUUUUUUUUUUUUUUUUUGGCCAGCUAGACUUCCGCUGAAGAGGAGUUGCUGACAUCCAAACUCUGUCCGAUUUCAUAGACUGAUAAUAUCCCCCCCUUUCUUUUGCUUUGACAAGAGUAAUGUACUUUUUACCUUAUUUAUCUGUACAAGAAAUUCCAGCAAUUAAUUUGAAAGGUGUUUUUAUUUAUAUGUGUUUGUAUUUUGAGGUCUUUAACACAGUGUUUCUACUACCUCUCCUUUGUAACUGCAUGUGUUUGUUCAUGACCCAUAGUAUAAUAACUGAAAAGGGAAAAAAAAGAAAUCCUGUUGCAUAAUUUUUACAAUGGCCCUGUAUAAAUGUAUAUUAUGAGAAAAGAAUAAACAAACUGAUACUCUGAA